GUCCGGGACCUUUGGAGACUUCAGCCUGGAGUCCAAGGAGCUGUCAUGUCUGGGGGUCAGGUGGGAGACAGCAAUGGCCGAUCCAUUCUGCGCUGGAGGGGGGAGACGACUUGCGGGGUCCAGCAAAACUGGAGCAGGGAAAGACGCCAGCAGGACAGAGCGUCGGCUGCCUCCAGCCCAGGAGCUUCCAAACAUCGGAAAUGUGACCAGUGAUAAAAGUGAAGGCAGAAAGAAAGGGCGGCCCAAAGCAGAAAACCAAGAGCUGAGAGACAUUCCUCUUUCCCUGAUGAACCAGUGGAAGGAUGAGUUUAAAGCCCAUUCGCGGGUGAAAUGCCCGAAUUCUGGGUGCUGGCUGGAGUUCCCUAGUAUUUAUGGGCUGAAGUACCAUUACCAACGCUGCCAAGGGGGUGCAAUCUCCGAGAGGCUGACGUACCCCUGCCCCUACUGUGAAGCCGCCUUCACCUCCAAGACCCAACUGGAGAAACACCGGCUUUGGAACCACAUGGAUAGGCCUGUCCCAGCCAGCAAACCAGUCCCAACCAGUAAAGCAGUCCCGACCAGUAAACCAAUCCCAACCAGUAAAUCAGGGACAAUUAGCAAACCUGUACCAAUGGGCAAACCCGUCCACCCUCCUAAACCACUCUCAACCAGCAAGCCAGUACCAACUAGCAAACUGGUCUCACCGAACAAGAUGGAGAACAGACUCCAGAAGACUGUUGGGAGGAGCAGUGGCAAGAAAAGAGCUGCUGAGAGCUCAGACUCCUCCCCCAUCCACCCGAAGCAGGUGAAGCUGGAGAAGGCCGCUGCCCAGCACCCCGAGAAUGGGGAAUGUGCCCUGGAGACGCGGGAAGGCAAGGACUUCCAGCUGCCCGCGGCCGGGACCCUCACAGCGGCAGUGCCCACCACCAAGCCCUCAGGCUGCAAGGACUCCAGACAGGGUGGCGGUCAAGCGUCCUUCCCGGAGGAGGACCCCGAGCGGAUGAAGCACAGAAGGAAACAGAAAACUCCUAAGAAGUUUACUGGGGAGCAGCCGUCAAUCUCAGGGACGUUUGGGCUAAAAGCAGCAAAAAGGGGUUCCAUUCUCCAUGCAGCAACUGCAGCAACUCUACCCGAGGACCCUUCCUUACUCAGGCUGGUGGCGUCUCGUGUAGGACACCGACAGCUGAGGCUCAGGCCCAGAUGCAAGUCUCCCCGCGGUUGUCACCAGACUCUGGAUGGGUCAGAACACCGGACAGCAGUGGUUUUAGGUCUCGCUAAAGUGGAAGAUAAAGCCAAAGCCCACCGAGCCAAGAAGCUGGAGGGAGGUAGCAGCACUGAGGAUUCAAAGAAGAAACCUCCGGCAUCGAGUGUGAAAAGGGAAACUGCCACUUACCUCAGCACAGCAAGCCCAGAAGAGCAAUGGCAGCGCAUCAUCAGCGAGAAGGGGGAAGUCGCGUGCCCUACUUGUGGAGUCGUCACCAGGAAGACUGUCGUUGGGCUGAAGAAGCACAUGGAUGUCUGCCAGAAGCUGCAGGAUGCCCUAAAAUGUCAGCACUGCAAAAAGCAAUUCAAGUCCAAGGCCGGACUGAACUACCACACCAUGGCAGAGCACGUCAACAAGGCUGUGACCACUGUGGAGACCUCCGAGCUGGAUGAGCAGGAGGAGCGGGAGCGGCUGAGGAAAGUACUGAAGCAGAUGGGGAAACUGAAGUGUCCCAAUGAGGGCUGUAUGGCCACCUUCUCCAGCCUGAUGGGCUACCAGUAUCACCAGAAACGCUGUGGGAAGCAGCCAUCUGAGGUGGAGAAUCCUGUGUUCACCUGUCCACACUGCGGCAAGAAGUACAAGUCCAAGGCCGGACAUGACUAUCAUGUCCGGUCCGAGCAUGCGGCGCCAGCGGAGGAGCCAGAGGUGAAACCCGAGACUGAGGUCGUAUUGGACUUUGAGAGGACGCCCAGUGGCCGGAUCCGGCGCACAUCAGCCCAGGUGGCCGUGUUCCACCUUCAGGAGAUUGCGGAGGACGAGCUGGCCAGAGAUUGGACCAAGCGGAGGAUGAAAGACGAUCUGGUGCCCGAGACAAAGCGGCUGAACUACACUCGGCCGGGACUCCCAACGCUAAACCCUCAGCUCCUGGAGACCUGGAAAACUGAAGUCAAGGAGAAAGGACACAUCAACUGUCCCAAUAACUGCUGUGAAGCCAUCUAUUCCAGUGUGUCUGGCCUGAAAGCCCACCUCGCCAACUGUAACAAGGGAGGCCACUCGGUGGGGAAGUACCGGUGUCUUCUGUGUCAGAAGGAGUUUAGCUCAGAGAGCGGUGUGAAAUACCACAUCAUCAAGACCCACUCAGAGAAUUGGUUUCGAACCGCGGCCGAGUCCCCACCCAAACAGAAGCACAGGGAACAGAUCUCGCCCAAGAAAGAGAAGAAGAAAAGCACAUCAAGUGGAAAGAAGCGAGGCCGGAAGCCCAAGGAGAGGCCCCCCGAGGCCUCAUUCCCCAAGAGUAGAGAGGGCCCAGCUGCUAAGACUCAUAACAAGCGUCCGGGUGCGGAAUCCCAGCUGCGGGAGGAGUCGCCCAGCAGCCCUGGAGAGGCAGCAGCAAGAGACAAGGCAAGCCAAGCGCCGCUGCCGCUGCACAGCAGAAAGGGAGGAGCCAGUAAGAUGCCUGAGAAAUGAGA